CCAAAUUACUCUCUCCUCCCUAGCCUGAUAAGGCUUUCUUCCUCCAAGAAGUCACAGACCUCACUCUCUGGCAUGUACCACUGUACUUAAUAAUAUACCUGCUUCCUGUGUGUUUGUUCCUUACUUCCUUGCAUCUUCUUGAUCUGCCCUCACCCCCAAUCCACUGCAUUGAUCUGUCCGCUAGUCAGUCACCUUGCAUUUGUUAACUACCUCCUAUAGUCCGGCACUUGUGUGGCUGAUCGACUUCCACCAUUAAAACAUUUAAAAAGCUUGGGAGAUGCCCAGGUAGCAGGAAUCCUUUUUUCCAAGUCUGUGGGAAAUGAGGGUGUUUCCCUGGAAUUCCCUGGGAUGCUUUCUCCCCUGCCCAUCUGGAACUCCCUACCCCCUACGAGGUUCAGCUCAAGUACCACUUCCUUAAGUGGUCUUUUCUGAUUCUUCCAGGAAGACCCAGGUCUUGCUUCUGAUAGAUAUUCAUGGGGAAAGCACAAAUGAGUGGCCUUGGGCAUCCUCCGAACACUGUACGUCAAAGAAGAAUCCUUGAUCUGCGUUGGUAGAGUGAGUUUUAAUACAAGGAGCUCCUCACGUUAUUAUAAUUAAAAGUCUAGACCAAGAAAAUCCCCCAAAUCUCCCACAUCCCACUUCCCCCUCACCCCACCUCUCCAUCUUCUCGUCUUUGCCAUUUGUCAUCUUGAGCUCCUUAAUUGGCUUUCCCCAUCACAUGGGUGGACAUAAAGCUCCCAGAACAGAGAAAGAACUCGUCCAGAGCUGUAGUCUGCUCUCUCACCUCGACCCAGCCCCGGGAGAACCCUCGAGAGAGAGAGCAAGGAGGUAGCCGAGGAAAGAAGAGCAAGAUGGGGAGCGGAGCCAGUUCCGAGGACAAAGAACUAGCCAAGAGGUCCAAGGAGCUGGAGAAAAAGCUUCAGGAGGACGCGGACAAAGAGGCAAAGACUGUCAAGCUCUUAUUGCUGGGUGCUGGGGAGUCAGGAAAGAGUACCAUUGUCAAACAGAUGAAAAUCAUCCACCAGGAUGGCUACACACCAGAGGAGUGUCUGGAGUUCAAAGCCGUCAUCUAUGGCAACAUGUUACAGUCCAUUCUGGCUAUCAUCCGGGCCAUGUCCACCCUGGGCAUUGACUAUGCAGACUCAGCUCGCGUGGAUGAUGGACGGCAGCUCAACAACAUGGCCGACUCCAUGGAGGAGGGGACCAUGCCCUCGGAGCUGGUGGUCAUCAUCAAGAAGCUGUGGCAGGACGCGGGCGUGCAGGCCUGCUUCGAGCGGGCUGCCGAGUACCAGCUCAACGACUCUGCCUCCUACUAUCUCAACCAGCUGGAUCGAAUAACAGCCCCCGACUACCUCCCCAAUGAGCAGGAUGUUCUCCGGUCUCGGGUCAAAACUACAGGGAUCAUAGAGACCAAGUUCUCAGUCAAAGACCUGAACUUCAGGAUGUUUGACGUGGGAGGCCAGAGGUCAGAGCGCAAGAAAUGGAUCCACUGUUUUGAAGGUGUUACCUGCAUCAUUUUCUGUGGAGCCCUAAGUGCCUAUGACAUGGUACUGGUGGAAGAUGAUGAAGUGAACCGCAUGCACGAGUCUCUGCACCUGUUCAACAGCAUAUGUAACCACAAGUUCUUUGCGGCCACUUCCAUUGUGCUCUUUCUCAACAAGAAGGAUCUUUUUGAGGAGAAGAUCAAGAAGGUUCACCUCAGCAUUUGCUUCCCCGAGUAUGAUGGGAACAACUCAUAUGAGGAUGCAGGAAAUUACAUAAAGAACCAGUUCCUUGAUCUAAAUAUGCGAAAAGAUGUCAAAGAAAUCUACAGUCAUAUGACUUGUGCAACAGACACCCAGAAUGUCAAAUUUGUGUUUGAUGCGGUCACAGAUAUCAUCAUCAAAGAAAACCUCAAGGAUUGUGGGCUUUUCUAGUUCUCGUCAGUCAGCAGAUACCCAUCUGAAAAAACA